AUGUCACAGUCAAAGUUGUCGCUGCAAUAUCCGUUGUUUAUUCCUUCGGAUAUGCGGAUUAUGACGCAGCCGAAGUCACUGAUUGACGUCGAUGUCACAACGAACUACGAUCACGAUGCAUCGCCCCCACUCGAAAAGUCUUACGUCAGUCACUGGCGCCAACGCGGAUUAAGAAAUGUACGUCCACCGUUAAGAGUUCGUAGCCCCGGAUGCUCGAAAAGGCGGGGACCGCAUGAGGUGUGCCACCUGCAGUUGACAUCGCAUCGCGUCUGUGCGCACAUGUCAAUAAACACGUUGCAUCGGGCGACGACUAAAGAAACCGAAUGUGGUGAAGAAUUAGGUGGCUUGUUCUUGCAAACGAUGCUUCACGGUUGUUCAAUGAAAGAAGCCGUUUAG